AUGUUUACCAACACCAUCCGUUCCGCCUUGAGAGUCAGAGUCGCCCCAGUUCCUAGAACUGUGAUGGCCAGAACUAACUUGAUUAGAAUGGCUGCUCCACAACAAGUCAGAAUGUAUUCCGACCACCACGAAGAAACCUUCGAAGAAUUCACCGCUAGAUACGAACAAGAGUUCGAAAACGCCUACGACUUAUUCGAAGUCCAAAGAAUCUUGAACAACUGUUUCUCUUACGAUUUGGUUCCAGCCCCAGUUGUGGUUGAAAAGGCUUUGCAAGCUUGCAGAAGAGUCAACGACUACCCAACUGCCGUCAGAACCUUCGAGGCUUUGAAGCACAAGGUCGAAAACAACGAACAAUACGAAGCCUACUUGGAAGAGUUGAAGGACAUCAGACAAGAGUUGGGCAUUGACUUGAAGGAAGACUUGUACGCCGACAAGGCCUAA